AUGUAUAAAAUGGAUUACUCAUAUCUGAACUCCUAUGACUCCUGCAUGGCAGCCAUGGAAGCCUCUGCCUACGCGGACUUCAGCUCAUGCAGCCAAGCCAGUUCGUUCCAGUACAACCCGAUCAGGAGCGGGCCCUUCUCUAACCCGGGCUGCACUCCUCUCAGCACGGCCAGCUGCACCCUGGGAGCGCUGCGGGAGCACCAGCCCACACCUUACUCUUCAGUACCGUACAAAUUUUUUUCGGAUCCGUCAGGCCUGAAUGAGAAGAGGAAACAGCGGCGGAUCAGGACCACCUUCACUAGUUCCCAGCUCAAAGAACUUGAGCGCGUUUUCGCAGAGACGCACUACCCGGAUAUUUACACCCGUGAGGAGCUGGCACUGAAGAUUGACCUAACCGAAGCGCGCGUACAGGUGUGGUUUCAGAACAGGCGUGCAAAGUUCCGCAAACAGGAGCGAGCAGCCAAUGCCAAAGCCAACAGCACCGGGGGUUCCACAGGCAGCACUGGCAGCAGCUCCACGGGCAAGAAGAACGGAGAGCCCAGAUCCUCCUCAGAUGACGAGGAGUCUAAAGAGUCCACCUGUAGCCCCACGCCUGACAGCACUGCAUCCCUGCCUGGGUCAGGCAAUGGGAACUUGGGCAGCCCCGCCAGCCUCAGCCCCAGCCCUGCACCCGCUGGAACAGUCUACAACACCUCCAGCUCCCCAGUGCUGCAGGGGCUCAAGGCGCCCAGCUGGUCUAACCUGGGGCCCGCCAACCCAGCCGUGGCUCAGCCUGCAGCCCAGACUCAAGAGAUCCUCAAAGCCUGGCAGCCGGACAGUAUGACCGGGCCCUUUGCUGGAGUUCUGUCCUCUUUCCACAGAAAACCCAACCCGGCGGCCAUCAAGACAAACCUGUUUUGA